CCCAACUUUCUCUCUCACAUACAAACACGCACUCCACUAUCUCUCUCUCUCUCUCUACAAACUUCGACCAUCAAAACGCGUCCCUUUUCAUUUCUUUCUCUGGGUGGGUUUCAUAUUCAAUCUGGAGAGAGAGAGGAGGGUUGGGGGGUUUGCAAAUCGGCUUCAAUUUUUCAACGGGGGUUGAGUAUUUUUCAUGAUUACAAGAAAUCAUAUUACCGUUAGGGUUUGGUGAGUUUGUUUUCUUGUUCAAAUUCCUUCUGGGUGUGGAGAGUUGAAGAAGUUGGACAUGAAGCGGACUAAACUAGACUGGUUCAUGUCUUUAAAACAGAAAAGAUCGAUUCAGUUUCUGAUCGGUUUGGGGUUUUUGUAUCUGCUCAUGGUCGGUUUGGAAGUUCCCUUUGUAUCUAGCAUAGUUCGUCAAGAAGAUGAGUCUGGUAGUUUCUUCUUCACCGACGGAUUGUCCAAAAAAUCCUAUGCCUUAGACAGUGAAGAGGAAUUACAAGAAAAAGAAGCUCCGAUUCGUCCGCUAAAUGUCCCUCAAAUCGUUGCUAAAACCCCUCUAAGCCCGAGGCAUUCUCGAAAAAUCAGAGAGUUUAAAGCUUUAUCAACCUUGAAUUUCGAUAUCAACAGUUUGAAUGGUGAACCGAAAGAUGGGUUUGGAGGGAUUCAAAAGUCUGCGAAGGAGGCAUUUUCAGUAGGGAAGAAAUUUUGGGAAGAACUUGAAUCUGGUAAACUGAAACUACCCUCGGAAAACAGCACCACCAAAAAUCAAACGAGGGAGAGUUGCCCUAAUUCGAUUACGUUAUCUGGGUCUGUUUUUCGAGAAAAAGGAAGCAUCAUUGUGCUUCCAUGUGGGAUGACUUUGGGAUCACAUAUAACUCUUGUGGGGAGGCCUAGAGAGGCUCACCCUGAUCAGGACCCGAAGAUUUCAUUAUUGAAAUCGGGCCAGUAUUUGAUGGUCUCUCAGUUUAUGAUGGAGUUGCAGGGUUUGAAGACCGUUGAUGGCGAAGACCCACCAAGGAUUUUGCACUUUAAUCCCAGAUUGAAGGGAGAUUGGAGUGGAAAGCCUGUGAUUGAACAGAAUACAUGUUAUAGGAUGCAAUGGGGAUCUGCUCAUCGAUGUGAAGGAUGGAAAUCAAGGGCUGAUGAAGAAACUGUUGAUGGUCAGGUGAAAUGUGAGAAGUGGAUCCGUGAUGAUGAUGACCACUCGGAGGAGUCAAAAUCAAGCUGGUGGUUGAACCGGCUCAUAGGUCGAACCAAGAAGGUCACUUUUGAUUGGCCUUACCCUUUUGCAGAAGGGAAGCUAUUCGUCUUAACUCUUAGCGCAGGAUUGGAGGGUUAUCAUGUUAAUGUUGAUGGGAGACACAUUACCUCUUUUCCUUAUCGAACCGGUUUUGCAUUGGAGGAUGCCACAGGAUUGGCUUUGAAUGGAGACAUUGAUGUAAAUGCUGUAUUUGCUGCUUCUUUGCCCUCAACACAUCCUAGUUUUGCUCCUCAAAGACACCUUGAAAUGUCAAAUAAAUGGAAGGCCCCACCGCUUCCAGAUGGGCCCAUCGAUCUAUUUGUUGGGAUUCUUUCAGCAGGAAACCAUUUUGCCGAACGGAUGGCUGUCAGAAAGUCUUGGAUGCAGCAUAAUCUCAUCAAGUCUUCGCAUGUUGUCGCUCGUUUCUUUGUUGCGUUGCAUGCCAGAAAAGAAGUGAACAUCGAGUUAAAGAAAGAAGCAGAUUUCUUUGGCGAUAUCGUUAUUGUGCCUUACAUGGAUAAUUAUGAUCUUGUGGUUUUGAAAACUGUUGCAAUAUGUGAAUAUGGGGUUCGCACAGCAUCAGCUAAGUAUAUCAUGAAGUGUGAUGACGACACAUUUGUUAGAGUUGAUGCUGUUCUUAACGAAGCAAAUAAAAUCAGCGACGGUAAGAGCCUGUACGUGGGAAACAUCAAUUACUACCAUAAACCCCUACGAUAUGGUAAAUGGUCUGUAACAUAUGAGGAAUGGCCGGAAGAAGAUUAUCCACCGUAUGCAAAUGGUCCAGGCUACAUUCUAUCAUCGGAUGUUGCAGAGUUCAUAGCCAUGGAGUUUGAGAAGCAUAAGUUGAAGUUGUUCAAGAUGGAAGAUGUGAGUAUGGGAAUGUGGGUAGAACAGUUCAACAACACAAAACGCGUAGAAUAUGUACACAGUUUAAAGUUUUGCCAGUUUGGUUGCAUCGAAGAUUACUAUACGGCACACUAUCAAUCUCCGAGACAAAUGCUGUGCAUGUGGAACAAGUUACAGAUCCAUGGCCGACCAGAAUGCUGCAAUAUGAGAUGACACCCACCACCCGUUUUCGCCAACAGAAUCGUGGGCCGAUCAAGAGACCUCCUUUCGAGAUUCUUUGAUUAUUUUGUUUCUUAUCUCCCCUUCUUUCUCAGAUGGGGUUUACGGGGAAGUUUUGAUACAACAAAAUCUUGAAUCAUUUGUAAUUUACUGUAGCAACUUCAACAAGAUUGAAAGAUUUUGUUGGAUUUUAAUCUAAAACUGCAUCUUUCCCCUUCUC